CAUGUUCAGUCCUCACCAUCUGCAUCAUGAUCAUUGGCCAACACGAGAAUGCUGGAAAGUUCGUUCGAAUGGAGUCAGAAUGUUUCUUGAAGGAGUCUCUACCCGCACCCCAAUAGACCCCGAGAAACUCUGUAGAUCUGAAUGGACGAGAGAGUUCCGCAUGAUACAAACUAUACACUCCCUCACUCUAGCAAAACCGACAACGUUCCGCAAAAUCUUGUUCACGCAUCGAGGAACGGGCCGCCUCAUAACUAUUCUAUUCAACUCCUGGUCGAGUGCUCCUGACGACAUUGGUAGUGGGAAUUCUUGGCCCGAAAAUAGAGUGGCUUUCAGGAAGAUCAGCGUUUUACCGUCAAAUGACUGGUAUGGUGACAAUACCAUCUGAUGAAUGGGUCAUGGGCGUUUUGUAUAGUGGUGGGGAACUGGGAAGUAUUUAGAGGCUUUUUGAGAUGGGUCAUGGGCGCAAAAAUCUUACGCAGAAUGUGGAAGUUCACCCCUCUGGUGUCACUUUCUCUCAUUCUUCCGCACUGCUUUGGAACUCUCAGCCCGCCGUUAUUCGGACGCGUUCCAACAGGAUCAGUUAAGCCUACGGGAUGGGCUCUUGGCCAGGCUCGUGUUCAAGCAAAUGGUUUAGCAGGACAUAUUCGAGAUUUUGGAGCCUACGUAAAGGGCUCUAUUUGGGUUGAAGGUGGAUCCAUCGAGUAUAGCGCAAUGCACGAAUCGGCACCGUACUGGUUUAACGCCCAGGUUGCUCUAGCAUUCCAACUUGAUGACGUCCGUCUCAAGGGUCAAGUCAGAGAUUUUCUCGAUUGGACUCUGGAUCACCAACAAUCAGAUGGUUGGAUCGGGCCAGAACCGCUCAUUCCCAAUUCGACCGUCCCGCGCCUCACCUGGCCUCGAUACCUUGUACUGUUCGGUUUGAUUCAAUACGCAGAGGCUGACCCAUCUCAAACGGAUAGGAUCGUGAACGCGAUUCAUCGCUUUAUUCCGCUUGUUCAUGCCACAUGGAAAGCAGGGAAACAGGGUGAUCGUUCUCUUGGGGGAGAGUUUGACUACCAAUUUGUGAGAUGGGAAGAGAUGGUGUACUCUCUUCAGUGGCUAUACGACAACCAUCCUAAAGGGCAAGAAGACCUGUUACUCGAAACUAUGCAACUCCUGAGGGAUGCGGGAUUCUCGUGGAAGAAUGAUUGGUUCCAAGAAUCAAUCUUCCCGAAAGAAGCUGCUACGAACCUUAACAUGUCAACUCAUGGCGUCAACACCGCAGAAGCUUUGAAGUCGGAAGCUCUUGCUUUCCGCUUCACGGGAGAUCCAACAGAUAGACAAAAUACCUUUGAUCGAAUCGACAUGCUCUACAGAUACCACGGCCGUGCUUCUGGUACUUUUGCAGCCGAUGAACAUGUCGCUGGUCUCAAUCCUUCUCGAGGGACUGAAUUAUGUGAUGUCGUGGAACAGAUAUUCUCUUUUGCUACUAUUUACGGUAUCUUCGGAAACAACUCUGUGGCCGACAGAGCCGAGAAACUGGCUUAUAACGCGCUUCCUGCUGGUAUCAUGUAUGACUGGUGGUCACACCAGUAUGACCAACAAGUGAAUCAGAUUUGGACUAAAGUUAUGGAUCCCCCUCCAUGGGGAGACAAUGGACCGAACUCCAAUGUCUUUGGUUUCGAACCGAACUACCCUUGCUGCACCGUGAAUCACCCUUCUGGGUAUCCCAAGUUCUGGGCGCACUCUUUCUUCACUGACAAGUCAGACUCGUCUCUGUUGCAUGUGUUCUUGGGUCCUUCCCAGUUCAAAGGAACCAUUGAUGGCAACGACGUAACCGUCUCUGUCGAUACUCUUUAUCCAUUCGGAACAUCUCUCACCUAUCGAAUUACGGCGAGCAAGGCGUUCCCGUUCAAGAUUCGAGUACCCGGAUGGGCUCAAACAGGGAAGAGCAUGAUCGCGGUGAACGGAGGCCAAGCAGCGCAGCUUCAAGCAGAGAAUGAACAUGGGUUACAUACUGUCCAGGUUCCUCGAGGCACUAGCAAAGUGGAGGUAACCCUGGAUGCACCAACAGUCAUCGAACCUCGUUUCAACGGCGCGGUCUCUGUUACUCGCGGUGCACUGAACUUUGCUUUACAACUGUCAAAUAACGAAACCUCGGCGCCUGGACUUCGGAGCGCCCAGGCACUCGCAGACGUGAGAAGGCUGUAUCCAAACGCUCCCCCCGAGUUUUUGACGCCUACCGAUAAUCAUACGACUGACCACACCCUGCUGCCUACAAGUGAAUGGCGUCUCGCUAUCGACCCUUCCACGCUCAAGUUGGUCGAUAAGUCUGCCUCGACGACGAGCUUACCAGAACAAGUGUGGGCACCUGGAGCACAGCCGCUGUGGUUCACUGGUCAGUCCUUUUCUUUUGUGUCUACGAAGUGGAAGGUAUUUGGCUGAACAACAAUAGCGCAAGCUUGUCAGAUUGAAUGGGGCUUGGAGAAGAACACGGCCGCAGCCCCGCCUCAGAGCCCUGUUGCAUGCGCUACAGACGAGAGAUUUGAGGUCAAGCUGGUGCCUUUCGCCGCUGCGAGGCUGAGAUUGGGAGAAAUGCCGGUUAUGAAGGUUUAGUCUUGGUCGUGCAUAAUGGAUCUGAAAUUGUAAAAUUACAUGCUGUACCGGAAAACAAGCUAACUUCCUCUUGAUACCGAAAUGAUUAUACACCUUUCUAUACAAUCGUUUCGUACUCUGACAAUCUCUCAAUUAGUCUUCCCCAUCUUCCACCAUGCCAACUGGCAAUAUCCUUCCAUUCCUCGCUAUCCUCUCCCCACAAAUGCCUGGGCCAGAUGACCCAUCCGGCGACAACGAAAUCAGCAAAUGUGAUCGUAUCAUUCCCCAUGAUGAAAGUAUCGGUAUCCUCCAUCCAACUAGCAACAACUCCCCAGGUAUCCUUCCACCUUUUCCACAACUCGACUUUCUUUUCACCCUUGGGAUAUAGAUCCUCCAUCGCAAUACUACCGAACCGCUUCGACCGAUCUUCCUUGAAGAAUUCAAAACUUCGGGGGUUGAGAAUCAAAGCGACUUUAGGAAUAACAAAUGAUGCCAUUUUCAGAUGAUUGUCCUCGAAUUCGUCAUAAAACGCGGCUUGGAGAGCUCGUGUACCUGGUGGGAACAGACGGGGGGUGUCGGGGUAGGUUUUUUCGAGGUAGUCUGCAAUGCGUGGGGAAUCAGAUAUCGCUAUACCCGUGGACGGAUCGCGGAUGACAGGUAACGUGUAGAGGGGAGUUCCAUCGGAUUUGGUUGUCGUUGGUGCGGCACCGAUGCGCUUGCAUGUGGAGGCUAUGUCGGGAUAUUCGACCCAGAUCGUCUUGUACGGUAUACCCUUGUAGUUGAGACAGUACCUCGUCUUCCAGGUAUUCGGAGACCAGGCAAUGCCUGGCAGCUUUGACGGGAUGUCGUAGAACUCCAAGAUAGUGUCUGGGGACAUUGAUGUCGAUGAUGGUGGUUAGGAAACGAAGGGUAUGGUUAUGGU